AGUGGUUUUAUUAAUGAUAAAUCUAAUCGAUUAAUUGGUUGGGCAACGAUGAGACAAUUGCGUGUCAAAUCAACAUUAUGUCAGAUUCAAAAUGAAAUUACUUCAAUAUGCCAAUAUGAUUAUAAUUUCUAUAAUGAAGAUAAAUAUUCCUAUAAACCAGGAUGGAAAAAUGAAAUAAUACAAAAUUAUAGUUCAGCAAUUUUUCAAUCAUUUCAAUAUUCAACAAGUGAAGAUUUAGAUACAUAUAGUUAUAUUGGAGAAUAUGGAACUUAUAGUGGAAAUGGUUAUGUAUAUGAAUUUCGUGGUCGUUUAGUUGAUCUUCAAAGUAAUUUAUCAUUACUUCAUCAAUUAGAAUGGAUUAAUAAUCAAACAAGAGCUAUUAUUAUUCAAUUAACUUUAUAUAAUCCAAAUGUUCAAUUAUUUACUUCAGUUACAUUUCUUGCAGAAUUCUUAUCAUCAACUGGAAUAUUUACAAGUGCUCGUUUUGAACCAAUGAAUUUUUAUACAUUUACAUCGAUAACUCAAUUAAUUUGUAUAAUUAUCUAUAUGAUAAUUAUCAUCUAUUUCAUGUGGAUGGAAAUUCAAUUAGUAUUUAAAUUAAAAUGGAAAUAUUUUCAUCAAUUUUGGUCUUAUAUUGAAAUUGGUAUAAUAAUAUGUUCAUGGACAAGUGUCGGUAUUUAUAUUUGGCGAUAUAAUGAAUCUAAACGUAUUGGAAAAUUAUUUAAUGAAACAAAUGGAUAUGUUUAUAUAAAUUUACAAUUAGCAUCAUAUGUUAAUGAUAUUUUAAUUUAUUUAUAUGGUUUUUGUUCAUUUUUUGGUACAAUUAAAUUGAUUAAAUUAUUUCGUUUUAAUCAACGUCUCUGUUUAUUUAUUCAAACAUUAAAAUAUUGUGGCAAAGAAUUAUUAGCAUUUUUCAUGAUGUUUUCAAUUAUAUUUUUUUCAUUUGUUUGUCUGUUUUAUUUAUUAUUUAUUUCAAAACUUGAAUCAUGUUCAACUUUAUUAAAAACAAUACAAAUGUUAUUUCAAACGAUUUUAAUGAAAUUUGAUGCACAUGAAUUAGUUGAAGCUGGAGGAUUUCUUGGACCAUUUUCUUUUAGUUUAUUCAUUAUUUUCAUUGUUUUUAUAUGCAUAAGUAUGUUUAUAUCAAUAAUUAAUGAUAGUUUUCGUCAUGUUAGAAAAAAUAUUCCAAAUGAUAAUGAAGAUAUAUUUUUAUUUAUGGGAAAAAAAUUUUUAUAUUGGAUAGGAUGGGAAAAAUCUAUAAAAGACGAACAAACAGAUCUGGAAUAUGUGGAUCCAAUUGAACAGUUUCCAGAAAAAAUUGAUCAAUUAUUAAAUGCAUUAAAUCGAUUAUAUACAAAUCAAUACAAUUAA